AUGCCUUCAGUCACCUCUAAGGUUAAUAAUUUUUCACCAAAUAUCUACAAGUCCAUUAAACUAUGCAUGCAGCCCACUCCUGAAGAUAGCAGCGAUGCUGUUUCAGUUACAAGUGACAUAACGUACAAUAAACCCUAUGGACCGCCUUUGAAAAGCUAUCCUUAUAAGAGUUUCAAACCUUGCGUUUCCUUUAAUACUGUGCCAGAAAGAAAUAAAGAGUUUGAUACUAUAGAUAAACGUUAUGAAACCGAUUUCCAAGGUGUCCAGUUCCCAAGCGAUUACACGAUGGAUGAGUUUUAUGAUAACGAAACUGAAACAGAAAAUAGUCAAUUUUUACUCAACAAUAGAUACUUACUCAAUGAUAUGGAUUAUGUACGACAUGGUAGAAGUCAUUCACCCCCUCCAGCCAGGAGAAACAAUUAUGGUUUAUUAGGCACUCACACCAAUAAUAAGUCUUUAGAGCUGACGAAGAUGUUCAAAAUUGCAGAAAAUGGAAGAAUUGUUAGAGAGGACUAUCCAAGUAGAUCCACUCUAAAGAACGACUCCUUAGUAAUUACUAAAUUUUCACCAGAUAGGAAGAAGUUAUGGAAUGAAAGACAAUUACACCUGGAAGACAAGUUACAGAAUAAAGAACGAAGUUUUUAUUUUUCUAAGUUACUAUUUGACGGCCAGCCAGCUAAAAAGACUAAAUCAAAAGGUAUCGAAGGCGAUGGCUAUACUCCGUUGACAAAAGAACAAAAGAGAAAGAAUCGCAUUUUGAAUGAGCAUAUUGGAUUCUACAAGCCAAGAAAGAUAUUGUGCUAUAUUAGUGGAAGAAAACAUACAUGGGUUGCGUUAGACUGGAUGGUUACAGAAUUCGCUCAAUCUAUGGAUCAUCUUAUAGUCGUAACAAGGCUUCCACCUUUAAAGACCACUGGAGUUGCUUCAGACUCUGAUUGGGCCCCAGGUUAUAAUAUGUUUGACAUUAAAAAAACGCUAGCUUCACUAGAAUUAUAUGUUGAAAAUUUGCUUCAUAGAUGCAAUAAUAAAGCUAUUAAACUAACAAUUGAAAUCACAAUUGGAAAAAUACGAAAAGUACUUAUCGAUAUGACAAAUAUCUAUCUUCCUGACCUUAUUAUCACUACAACUUUGAACAUGCAAUCAUAUGUAAAAUGGAGAUCAAAAUAUGUCUCUGAUCUAUUGUGUACAGUGUUUCCUAUACCAAUAAUCGUUCUCCCAGUAUUACUGAUGAGUGAAUUUGAAUAUGAUUUACAAUUUCCCUCAUCUCAUCAGGCAACCAUCGAACCAGAAAACAAAAAUGUCGAUUCAAAGAUUGAAAAACUGGAUAAAAUACUGAGAAGUUCGUUCCUAUCGGCACCUAAGCCAAAAUCUAAAGCACCUGUCACGAGUACAAUUGCCGAAAAUAUCCAAAAACCGAAGUCACCUGUAAUCAAAAUAUCCUUCGAAGAUCAGAACCGCCUGGUUCCAGUUAAGUCAGCCGAAGCCCAGUUUACAGAACCCAACAAAUUGAAAAAUCCUUUUCAGUCCAGAAAGAGUACUGAUUUGGAUUUACGUAGGGUCAAAUCCAGUGAAGUGCCCUCAAGGAAUACAGAAAGUGGCGGACUCUUCUCUUUCUGGAAGAAACCUAGUAAAAAGGGAAGUGUUUCUCCAUCAAGAAGGCUCAGCUUGUAUGACGAAAUUACCUGGGAUGAUCAAAACAAACAUCCAAAAGAGAAGAAAAGAACAUUACUCGGCAAGUUCACAAAGCAUUAA